UAUUGAAAUAUCCAGUGAACUCGUAAAUUCUAUGUGAAAACAAUACAAAAAAUAUUUUGAAAAAUUUUUAUUUCCUGUGUUUUGAUGUACAAUUACAUAUCUGUUUGGCUUAUCCAAUUCAACGUCGGUCGAAUAUUGAGACGUAUUCGCGCUCCACUUUGAUUUCAAAUUUCGGCAACGCAGUUUUCACCAAACUGCACAUGUAAGUAUCCCCCUUGAAGGCAUUGAAGACAUGCCACAUAUUACGGUGAAGCGUAGGAAUUUACUUCGACUGGAUGACAAUGCCAUAAUGGGGAUUUGGGGAAAAUUGGAGCCAAUCGAUCGGGUGCAAUUGGCUUUUACCUGCAAACGCUUCCGCAAGAUAUUCGAGGUGCGUGAUGCGCCACGUUAUACAUCAUACAGAAUGGAGAACCUUUGGCCAAUGUCGGUUAAAGAUAUUGAAAGCUUUGCAAAACUUGUGGGUCCCUUAAUACAUGAGUUGCGCGCCAACACGCCGUGCGUGAAUAAUUUGCGAGCAAAGAAGUUUCUCAUGGGCAUAACUAGAAAUUGUGAACUCUUGCGUCGCGUUGUCUUCCAAGGGGUUCGUGUGACAUUUCAACUGUUUCAGUUGUUUGCAAGUGCGAAAUAUCUAGUAGAGUUAUAUUUACAAAACUGUAAACUAUCCGACAAGGAUGUGGAGAUGAUCUCGAUGCUUUCGAAUUUGAUCAUACUCGAUUUAUCCAAGAAUAAUGAAAUCAGUGGCAAUGGUCUUCACAAUCUGACGAAUUUACGCGCUCUCUAUUUGUCCGAAUGUAAAAAUUUGGACCCGAUUAACUUGGUGCAUGUCUUCAAACGUGCUAAAUCCCUUUGCAUACUCGACAUUUACCAGCCCUACUCGAAUACUAAUCUUGUGCCGAUUUUCCCCGAACUCGGCCGCUAUUGCCUCAAUUUGGAUAAAUUGCGUGUGACCUUGCCGGAACAUCGACGCUAUGAGUCGCUCGCACGUUUGCCCAAAUUGACGAAGAUUUUCGCAUACGGCUGUGUACGCCGAUUUCUCGUCGAUUUGCGUAACCAUCGAGCGCAUCAUAUGCAAGUGAUUUUCUUGAAUACCCAGCAGCAGGUGGCAGUAGAUGGGACAUUUAUGCUUACGCAAUUUCGUGAGUUGAAAAAAUUGGCUUGUGAUGGUGACUUCGAGUUCACACCUGGCUGCAUUGAUGGCUUUGAGAAUCUACGCAAACUUACGUGCCUUAAUCUCUACAAACCAGAUGCCUUGACGCCAAAGGAUGUGCUGACGCUAUUGAAGAAAUGUCCGAAGCUACAGUUUGUGCAAUUAUUCUUCAAGGCCUACAUCACUGAGGCAUUUAUAUUCGAGUUGAUUGGGGUGUUGGAAAAACGAGCGGUGAAAGUGAAUUUUGUAUUGAAUUUGCAAAAGACGAAUAUUCGUCGUGGUAUCACAAAGGAUCCACGGUACCUUGCUGCAAAGGAUACAUUGAAUAUUGUAUUUAAUGGCCAAUGGGUUGAGUGGGAUAGAUAGGUUUCUUGGUUCGAUGGUAAAAUUUAAUAACUCUGUUUAUAUAUUUUCAAAUGUUUCCUUUAGUUUGGUCUUACAUUUUAAAUAUUAUUUAACUAUUUAUUUUGCCCAACUGUAAUAGUUGUUUUAAGCGUAACCACUUGUGUAAAAUAAAU